AGCAACAGGGCGGGAGGUUGUGCGUCCAGUUGCUCCGUUCACCUGUACCACGUGGAUAUAAAGACAGGAUACGAGUAUUCCCCAUUACACUAUCUCAUAGGAACUCAGUGUUACUCAAGGCGUCAAAGAGGAAGGUUACGUGUCCUCGCUUCAGCAGACAGGUUUUGCGGAGCGUGAGUGUUGCGGAAGGAGGAAGGAAGACUCAGAAGUGUUGCUAAAUUAAGAACGCGAAGCAGUGCGGCGGAGAAGCGGGACGAAACAACGCCUCCAGGACCACCUCCUUGUACCCUCCACGUCCUCACGCCCCUCCACGCCCCUCCACGGCCACUGAGAUGCGUUACAGGGGUCUCUUCAGCCCACAGGCGGCGCCCACCACUCGUGCCUACUGCCUGCUCAUCAGCUUUCUAAUAGGCACCCUUAUGCUCACUGCUGGUUCCGUUUUCUACCACGUGAUCCUGAGCAAGCCAAUGAGCGGCGCGCACCCCAUGCACACGCCGCCGCUUGCUCUCGCCCUCUCCCUUAUUGUAGGCGGGUUGAUCACGUUGCUCACCUGCCUCCUCAUCGCCUGGAAGUAUGGCUUCGACGACGGAGACGAUGCAAUAGAGGACGAUCUUUAUGUAUUGGCGGCAGAGGAUGUGCUGGCGCAGAGACACGCAGCGGCGAGGGCGAGGACGGCUGACCCUUCCCCUGCACCCCCUGUGUGUGGCGUCAGUAGUCAGCCACACGGCCCACUCGGCGGGGUUCUCUCAGCUCGCCAGUCACCCGUGAGCCAUUGAGGAGGUUCUGCGCCCAGCAACUGACCGGGACUGCCUGUGCCUGGAGACAGCCUGCGAGAGUCACGUAGUGCCGUAGUGCGAUUAGACGUGUUGGGAUGGGCGGCAUGGGCAGCCAGGAAGAGGUGCGCCGUAGAGCAGAGACUGGUUGUAGAUACCUCGUGAGACUGGGAGAGCAGAGACUGGUUGUAGAUACCUCGUGAGACUGGGAGUUGCAAGAUGGUGAGACUGGUUGUAGAUAGCUCGUGAGACUGGGAGUUGCAAGAUGGUUCGUGGGGGCAGUGUUGGUGGGGAUGGGGUUGAUGUGAUCGGAUGCUAGAGGGAUGGAUAUAUAAUAAUGGUGGUUUUAUUUUUUUAUUUUUUUUUUAACAUAGCAGGGUGGGAAACGGAUAGAGAUAAUAAUGAUGGUUUUAUAUUUAUGUAUUUAUUUUCAUGGUUUUAUUUAUUUUUCAUAGAGUGAGAAACAACUGAAAAAUGAAAUUGACAUUAACGCUGACUUAUUACCGCCACUAACGUGUAUGCAAAGCUAAAACAUAUAUGCAAGGUACUUAGCGUAGGUAGAGAAAACCCACACAGUAAGUACACAAUAAACAACGAAACUAUGGUAAGUACAGGGUACGAGAAAGAUUUAGGAUAUAGUUUAGCUCUGAACUCCGGUUAGGAAAACAAUGCAUAGAGGCCAGAAACAGGGCAAAUAGGGUAUUAGGAUUAGGAAAACAAUGCAUAGAGGCCAGAAACAGGGCACAUAGGGUAUUAGGAGUCUUAAAAGUAGAAGGCUCGAAGUAAUAUCAAAGUUAUAUCUUGGCGCUGGUCAGACCUCAUCUUGGCGCUGGUCAGACCUCAUCUAGACUAUGUUGUAUCCACAAUUGUGCUCCCAGAUUAUCUGAAAUUAGGUACUCUUCAUACUGGGCUGCAAGCCAGCUCUUCUUGCAGCUUCCCUCUUAUUUAGGAUUCCUAAAUCUCGUGUUUUGGAUACCUCAAAGAGUCUCCAGAGGAAACGUAGAGUAGCUUUCAAGCAACAAAAAAAUUAAAAAAAAAAUAAAAA